AUUACGGCUUGAGCGGACACAGCGUUAUGUCGAAGCCUUCGUUGAGCGCUGUAAUGGGGAUGUUGUGGUGUCUGCCUCUACCCGAGAGUGGGCCAUAAAGAGACACCUUUACAGUCCUAAGGGAGUAACAGCGUGCAAAAACCUUGGCCGUGUAAUGGCACAGCGCUGUUUGGAAGCAGGAAUCAACUUUGUGAACUUUAAAGCUGUUAUCCCCUGGGAACGUCGUUGUGACUCGAUUCAGGAAUUCGAAAAAGCUAUGGAGGAGGGGGGUGUCAUUCUGCGCGAGCCACGAAGAAUCUAUCAGUAG